GUGUGUAGUGUGUGCAUGUUGUAUGUGUGUGUGUGUGUGAGAGGGUUUGGCAUUACACCAGCUGGUGCAGUGUCUCUGCUCUGCUCUCUGUGGUGCUGGUGGUGUGUGUGGGGGAAUCAUUGAAACAUUGUAAUAAUAUGUUGCUGUUUUUUUUCGUUGCUUUUCCUGCAGUUUUGCUGAACACGGAAGUCACACAUUUUAGAGAAACGGAAGCACUUUGUUUUUAAUACCGAUGAAAGUUGCAUGUGUUUGGUUUCCCCUCAGUUGAUCCUCGAGAGGAGGGAGAAGGAUGAUUGCUCCUGAUGAGCUGAAAGCCACUGCGGGCAAUACAGCUGCUGAGAAGAGCCGGCGAAUAGGAUCUGAUGCCAUCACCGCAGAAACAAUGAGUGACGUCAGUCAACCCCUCAAUCUAACAGUGAGCAAUUCAGAUGGAGGAAAGAUGUCUGAAGAAAAGGAGUGGCAGACGACACCAAUCAAAAUUGAAAGAAUCGAUGAAGAACCCGAGACGAGCAACACAACAGAUGGAAAGGACUUUGAUAUAUAUGAUGCCAUGGAAUGGAACAAUGGAGUGGGCACCUUACCUGGCAGUGAACUAAAGUUCCGAAUGAAUGAGUUUGGGACCCUGGAGAUUAUUACUACUGAAGAGCAGGAUGGAGAAGCCACUCCAGAAGUUGUUACUGAGACGCCAAUUAAAAAGAAUAGCUCCCACAAUGUUGCUACAGACCCUCAAGACAUUACUGAAGGUGAUUGCACAAAUGACUUGUCUCACAUGGAAGGUAUCUGCUGCUGUGAAAACUGUGGACGGUAUGGAACAGUGGAGGAGUUCAACCAAAGUGUCCGCUUUUGUAGCACUCGCUGUCAGCAGCAGUACAAAGAAAAGCAGCCUAUUAAACACAGCGCGCCAGUAAAGCGAAAUGCUGGACCAAUACUGAAACGUGUGAAGAAAAGGAAGAGGAAAACGAGUGUGAGCCCAAAAGAAGACUCUGGGGAAGAUUUUGAAAAUGGCUAUAUGGAGGAAAUACAAAGUGAUUGGAAAAUGAAGAUUAAAACGCCUGGUGUGCUCAAUAACCACGGCAACCUCAAAUAUAGUCGACUUUCUGACCCAGAUUCCAAGCUCCCGAAACAGGCAGCAUCACUUUCUGGAAACAAGAAGGCAUGGUCCUGGGUACAGUAUCUAGAGGAAGAAAAGGCGAUUGCAGCACCCACCAAACUGUUUAAAGAGUUCCAAACGUUUCUACAGAUUAAAAAUGGGUUUAAAGUAGGAAUGAGGUUAGAGGGUGUUGACCCACGCCACCCGUCCAUGUUUUGUGUGGUGUCAGUGUCAGAGGUGUGUGGUUAUCGUUUGAGGCUUCAUUUUGACGGAUAUUCUGAGUGCUUUGACUUCUGGAUCAACAUUGACUCACCUGAUAUCCAUCCUGUAGGAUGGUGUGAGAAGACGAACCGGAAAUUAUACCCACCUAAAGACUGUAAAGAAGAGGAAUUUAACUGGUCUAACUACCUGAAAGUGUGCAAGGCCCAGGCAGCCCCAAAGAAUUUAUUUAAACAUCACAACACAACUGUUACUCCUUCAGGAUUUCGAGUUGGUAUGAAGUUGGAGGCUGUUGACAGAAAGAAUCCUUCACUCAUCUGUGUUGCUACAGUGACCGACAUGAUAGAAAAUCGCUUUUUGGUGCAUUUUGAUAACUGGGACGACACAUACGAUUACUGGUGUGAUGCUGGCAGUCCGUCCAUCCAUCCGGUGGGUUGGUGUCAGGAACAGAACAAACCACUUACUGCUCCUCAAGGUAUCUUUAUUUUAGGAUAUCCUGAUCCAGAAAAUUUCUCUUGGAAAAAGUAUUUAGAAGAGACGGGUGCUUCUCCAGCUCCAGCUCGCGCUUUCAAAACAAGGGCACUGCACGGGUUCCAGGUGAAUAUGAAACUUGAAGCUGUGGAUAAACGUAACCCAAUGUUGAUUCGGGUCACCACAAUUGUUGAUGUUGACGAUCAACGGAUAAAGAUCCAUUUUGAUGGGUGGAGUCACGAUUAUGACUAUUGGCUUGAUGCAGAGCACCCUGAUCUCCACCCUGCGGGAUGGUGUACCAAAACAGGCCACUUGCUACAGCCUCCACUCACUUCGCAAGACCUCAUGACUGCUCCGAUUCCAGGAGGGUGUCCAACACCUGGAUGUAAAGGAAUGGGUCACAUCAAAGGUGCUCGAUACACCGGCCAUCAUAGUGCCUUUGGCUGCCCUUAUUCAGAAAUCAACAUGAAGAAAGAAUUGACACUUCAGGACCGACUGGGAGGAGAGAAACAGAUGGCUUUGGUACCAAUCCCUUUCCCCCCAGGAACUAAACGGCUGGAUAGUAACGACUUAGGUGGAAAGCCAGAGGGGUGUGUUAAUGAGACAAGAAAAUGCCCCACUCCUGGAUGCAAUGGAUCUGGUCACAUAACUGGGAAGUAUAAUGGCCACCACCGGCCCUCUGGUUGUCCCCUCGCAGAACAAAAUCAGAUUAAGAUCAAACUAGAGCCACAGGAUGAUGAAGGGCCUCAAGAAAAUAACUCAAUGUUAAUGUUUGCACAGGGCAGAAAGACGAAGCAUCAAGGAAGGAUAUCACGGGCGGCUAAGUAUCUGAAAAUGAAGGAGGAAGAGGAUGAUAUUGACCUGCAUAGUCUACUAAUCAAAGACCUUUCUGUCGACAGUAUGCAGCAAGCCCUUCACCAGUCUGUCUUCAUGUCAGCCAUGUCUGCUCACCCAGCUCGUGAUCUCCCACUCUGCUGGGAGCAGCACUGCAAGCUACUGCCUGGAGUGGUGAACUUCCAAGCCAGCAAAGUAUCCAAAUGGAGUACUGAUGAGGUUGCAAACUUUGUACAGACACUCCCAGGUUGUGAUCAACAAGCAAAGAUCUUCAAAGAAGAGCAAAUUGAUGGAGAAGCAUUUCUAUUGCUGACGCAAACAGACAUAGUUAAGAUAAUGAGCAUCAAACUCGGCCCAGCACUUAAGAUCUACAACUCCAUCUUAAUGUUUAAAAAUGCAGAAGAAGGGGUAACCCCGACGGUAUAGUAGAUAAAGCUGCAGUUUACGGACCAGGAGUUUGCUGGUUCUCAGCCAGGGCUGCAUGGGGAGGCUAAAUUGGCCCCAGCCUUCCCAGGGUUAAGGAAGGGGGAAAACCAACCUGGGUUCCUGCUCUUGGUCCCUCUACAGGUAGUACAUGCGUGUGGCAACCAAGUGUGGAGAGGUCAAGUUCGACUGUGAUGCCAUCUACAGUCGAGUGUCCUGCCGACACUCAUUGUCAAGCCUCACUCAUGAGUCAUGGCUAUUGGAAUUGCACCCCAGCAAGAAGAGGCCAACCAAGAGCAGAGAGGCAUGUGCCAGUGGGGGUGGGGAGGAUUGACAUCAAGGGUUGGAAAUUGUAGGUUAAAAAUAAAAUGCUAUUCAUCUCUGUCAGUUACAAAGAGAGGUAAUCAUCAUCAGUCACAAAGAGAAUACAUUUAUCAGUAAUAUUAACAGGGUAUAUUUCAUAAAUGCUUUUGAAGCAAGGUUUCUAUACGUGCUGAGAUAUUAAUGGUUUUAAAAAUAUUUUAAGUUAUAAGUGCUUGUUAUUAAAAUAUGUUAAAGGGUUUGAAGUCAUUAACGUGUGAAGUUAUAUAACACGAAAAUACGUUUUGAAGUUGCACUAAUGUAGUAUCAAUCUAAUAAGUUUGUCAUGUAAUUAAGAUCAAAUUACAAGUUUUGCCAUACUGCAAAUUGUUUUUAAGAAUAACUACUGAAGUUUGUUAAGACUACAUGACUGUCAAUGAGAGAAUGUGUUGUUUGUUCUAAGUCGGAAAAAUGGGUGUAUACACUUUAAAGGCGUGAAGAGUUAAUCUGGAUGUUACUCAAAUGUUAGAGCAUACCUGACGACAAUCCAUAAUCAAAGCACAUUAAUGUAAAGCCACAGUAAUCACAUUAAGAUGUAGUAUUGAAAUACAACUCUGUUAAUGUAGGCUGUUGAGCACAACCAUAACAAAGCAUAUUGUUCUGUAUUUGCUUAAUUAUUUAGGUAGUGAAAAUACAAUUGUAAAUUUAGUUGGUUUGAUUCACACAGUUUGUACCAUUGUCUCUAGACUCAUUGGAUAUUGGGGGGAGGGGAGGUGGCAUGAGCUAUUCUAACCACAUAUGAAGACGUGUGACUAGAAAACAAAUUGAAAUGACCUGGCAUAAAUGUACCUGUAUUCAGUCCAACCCAUCAUACACUUUCUCCCUCCACUGCCACGAUAUUGCCUGUCCUGCACACAGAAUGAUGGGUAAGACACAUCACCAAAAUGUUGCAGUUCUUUUAUUUGGUCCAAUGCGUACUGCCCACAGACGCUUCCAUAGAAGAAGAAAACAUGAUUUUAUAAGCUUAAUUAAAUAAAAGAACUUUUAACUUUGUACCAAAAAAAAAUUACCAGGACAUAACCUGACAGGAUAAUGCCCCUUUUUGGACAUAAGCAGGCCUGACAGGUUAAAGUCUGAGUCAACUUGUCAAUUGUAUUAUUUCACAUCAAUGCCAUAUAACAACAACAAACAACAACAACUUGCACUUAUAUAGACAAUUUGCACAUAUCCAAUGAGUUUGCAGUGCGUCCUUUAUUUUUCUGUAAUUCAGAAUCACGGAAGAAAGAAAUAUUGCAGAAAGAUGAAUGAGUUGAAACCAUCCUGUGUUCAAGUUAAAGAGUACAAAUGAAGCUGUACUGUUCUCUAGUGUUUCAUAGACCUCUAUCACAAUUUCCAUGACCUAUUAAGAGUUUCUACUGUAUUGAAAAAUUAAUCCUAAAUGGAUAAAGUGCACUAUUGCUCUACGAUAGAAGUACUCCUUACAUUGCUCUGAGCUAAAUAAUAAAGUAGUGAUUUUUUUAGGUAAUUGUCUUUAGAAGCAAUAGACAUGGUGGUAUGUUACAUGCUUGUGUAAAGUGGUUGCUUUAUAAUGUGUGCAUAUUUUGUACUGUAUUGUUUCCAGUGUAGUUAGUAGUGCAUUACAGUUGUGAAUGAGUUUCUUAUUCAUGUUUGCACAGUUCAAUCAUUCCAAAAUGUGAUCCUUUGCCUUUGAAA